AUGGCGUCAAGAGCCGGCGUCUUGCCGCUGCUGAGGCGGGAGAUGCGAUGCUCAUCAUCCCGUCUCGCGCGAGUAAAUACGACCUUCACAGGUCCUGGUCGCGCUCCUUCCACAUAUACCGCGACAGCGCGUCCCCGCACUGCUCGCCGCUCGCCAUCAUUGGUCCCAUCUACACAGAUUCGCGCGUUUUCGCAGUCAGUAAUCCGCCGACAAACUGAGGAUGAUGGCCAGUUUGACCCCCGUUCAAUCGAACGGGAGUCCGAUGAGGUGGAUGUUUGUAUCGUUGGCGGCGGUCCUGCUGGUCUGGCUGCUGCUAUUCGGUUGAAGCAGCUUGCAAACGAUGCUGGUAAUGAGGAAUUUCGAGUGAUACUGUUGGAAAAGGCGGGUGAAUUGGGCGCUCAUAUCGUUUCCGGCAACGUCCUUGAACCCACUGCCAUGAAUGAGCUCUUUCCCGACUGGCUUGCGGAGGAUAACCCUUCUCGCUUCGAAGGUGCGACUCCGGCCAAAGGCGACAAAAUGCGCUACCUGACCGAGAAAUCGUCUUACCCUCUGCCUACGCCGCCCCAAAUGCACAACCAUGGCAACUACAUCAUUAGCUUGAACGAACUGACCAAGUGGCUUGGCGAGCGCGCCGAGGAGCUUGGCGUCGAGGUUUACCCCGGAUUCGCCGCCAGCGAGGUGGUCUACAAUAGCGAUGGCUCAGUCAAGGGAGUUGCGACCAACGAUCUCGGUCUGGGCCGCGACGGCCGUCCCAAGGACAACUUUGAACGUGGUAUGGAGUUUCACGCCCGAGUCACCCUCCUCGGCGAAGGCUGUCACGGCAGCCUGACCAAGCAGGUGGUGAAGAAGUUUGACCUGCGACGGGAUAGCCAGCCGCAAACAUAUGGCCUGGGAAUCAAGGAAAUCUGGGAGAUUCAGCCGGAGAAGUUCAAGUCGGGUGAAAUCACUCACUCGAUGGGCUACCCGCUGCCCAAGGAUACGUACGGAGGAGCCUGGAUGUACCACUUUGGUGACAACAUGGUCAGCAUUGGACUAGUGGUUGGCUUGGACUAUCCCAACCCAUGGCUGUCGCCUUACGGGGAGUUCCAGAAGAUGAAGCAACAUCCCAUGUUUCGGGAAGUGCUGGAGGGCGGCAAGUGCAUCUCUUACGACACGGCAGGUUUCUUGAACGUGCCCAAGAUCAAGGGUACUCACACCGCGAUGAGGUCAGGCAUGUUGGCCGCCGAAGCUACCUACUCUGCUCUUCAAAGUAAGGACGAGGGAACGGUGUUCCUCUUUGAUUAUGAAAAGGCUCUCCGUGAGUCCUCCAUUUGGAAGGAAUUGUACGAGGUGCGCAACAUCCGGCCCUCGUUCAACAGCUGGCUCGGUUUCUGGGGUGGUCUGCUUUACUCUGGGCUGGAGGCGAUGAUCUUCCGCGGUCGUGUGCCCUGGACGCUCAAGCAUCACGGCACCGAUGCCGCUGCCACCAAGCCAGCCUCGGAGUGCAACAAGAUCGAGUAUCCCAAGCCCGAUGGCAAGAUCACAUUCGACAUUCUGACCAGCGUGAGCCGCACUGGUACCAACCACGAAGAGGACCAACCUGUUCAUCUCCAGGUUAAGGAUUGGGAGGCCCACAAGGAUCUCGCCUGGCCGGUAUACAAGGGUGUGGAAAAUCGCUUCUGCCCAGCUGGUGUGUAUGAGUACGUUGAAGAUCCCAGCAAGCAGCAUGGUGUCAGAUUCCAGAUCAACGCGCAAAAUUGUAUUCAUUGCAAGACCUGCGAUAUCAAGGUACCAACGCAGGAUAUCAACUGGCAAACUCCGCAGGGCGGCGAGGGUCCCAAGUACGUCAUGACGUAA